AAGAUACGCAGAGAAUCGUCAUUCUUUGAAAGGAGAAAAGAAAAAAAAAAUUAUAUUCAAAUCCAGAUGGAGUUUAUUUUUAUCAAACAUUCAAUUUGAGGGAAUUAUAACAUCGUCAUCUCUCUUCUGACCCAGCUUCCGAGGUUGUGACCUUUGCUCUCGUAACACUGGUAGCCUUCCGGUGCCCCACUUGUUGCCCUCUCCUCUUCCCCUGAUAGAAUGGAGGGGAGGGAUAUAGUUUAAAAAAAAAAAAAAAAAGAGCAUCGUUGAUUAAUUCGGGUGCUGAGGACCACUUGGGUCCGCUACCAGAGUAACACGAACCCAUCUAAACGUUGAGGACUUCUAUUUUUGCAGUAGUCGGAUCGUGUCUUGACAAGGCAACACUCCGUUAUGCCUCGAGCCUUCCUCAUCACUAAUCGAAGGUAUUUUCAUGUACAUGGAAAUGGAAAAGAUGACAAAAAUACCGGCAUUACUGAAAAAUGUGAUUGGACACACGAGUCACCAAUUAACGACUCAAUUAAAAUGCCAGAAAUUCCUCCAAAGUCCUCCGAAACAGAGGUUUUAACUAUGAAAGUCCAAGCCUUGAAGCCAGAAAAUCCAUCGAGUCCGGAAAGAGACGUCUACACAGCAGAGGGUCUAGAAUCCUACAUAAUGCCGAAGCCUUCCAGUCCUCAGUCGUCAGCUAGUCUAGAUUUCACAGAAUGGCCUCAACAGAUUAUAACGGUCCAAAAUGCUUACGUACCUAUACUGUCUCAAUAUUUAGGAAUAGAUAUGAGAAUACCGGAUGCGUAUCCAAGUUCUAAUAUUCGAAGCGCGGAAAAUCACGUAUGCCCGGAAUGUGGUAAGAGGUAUAGCACUUCUAGUAAUCUAGCUCGUCAUCGCCAGACACACCGUAGUGUAACAGAUAAGAAAGCCCGAAAAUGUCCUCAUUGCGAUAAGGUCUAUGUUUCCACACCCGCUUAUAGCAUGCAUGUUAGAACUCAUAGUCAAGGAUGCCAGUGUCCUUAUUGCGGUAAGGCAUUCAGUCGUCCCUGGCUUUUACAAGGGCAUAUUCGUACACAUACGGGAGAGAAGCCUUUUAAAUGCCACAUUUGUAGCAAAGCAUUUGCAGAUAAAUCUAAUCUAAGGGCUCAUAUCCAAACCCAUUCCACCAGUAAGCCUUAUAUUUGCCAGAGAUGUGGAAAGGCUUUUGCUCUUAAGAGCUACUUAUAUAAACACGAGGAAUCCUCUUGUAUGAGAAUAAAUCGUUUGAAUCGACAUUCAGAUUUAAACCUGAAAUAAUAUCAUUCCGAUGAUGAUGAUGAUUAUUGUUUUGUGGUCCAAUCGUAAAACGGUUAUCGUAAUCUAAAUUAAAUCAUGAAUAUGAUGAUUAACAAAAACAUUAUUAAUAUUUUGACAUCGAAAGCGAUCUUCUGAAAUCAAAAAAUUGGCUUGUUUAAAUUAAAAUUUGUUAGAAAUUAAUAUAAAUAAUUACCUUAUAAAAUAUUUUAUAAUAUUU